AUGGCGCCACAGGGCUCGGCUCCAUUCUCCAGUAUUUUCUACCUAACGAAACGAAAGAAGUUAUCCGAGAAGCUAUUCGAGCAUAAAACUGAAACUUCCGACCCAGAGUACCAAUAUAACUAUGAAAACGUAUAUUACCCCGCGUUCCAGGGGGAGGCCUACUCAAAUGUGGGAGUUCACAAGAACUUGAUAUACUUAUCGCAGGACAGGCUAAAAUUUGAAACGUCCGACGGAACUGAGCUGGACGUCGACGACGGACUCACGCGAGGCUUAAACUGCCUCUCGCAGCUCUCAGAUGUAAUCAGUUUGAACGACAUAGAUGAGUUUUCCAGGGGAUACCGCCACCGGGGACAGCCCGAGGACAGAAUCACUGGUAAAAUAGAUGAUAUCGCAAAUAUAGUGGAAAUUAACGGCUUCACAGGCACCGAAGGUGCCGAGUACAGGAGUCUGGAACGCAAUAUGGAGCUCUCGAACAGCUACGUGGGCCCGCUAAGCGUCUCCGAGGUCGGGAACCUGCUCGCCCUCGCGCUCAAGCUGCAGGAAAGUGAAAAGCUCGACCUAGACCUGGAGAGGAGGCUGGAGGUCUCGGCGCAGCUGUGGAAGAACAACAGGGUCCCGAACACCGUGUCCGCAUUCCUCAUCAGCUCGCUAUACAAAAACAGGCCUCACCAGUGCGAGACCUGCGGACUCAGGUUCGCGCUCGCCGACACCAAGCGGAGGCACGAGCUCACUCACAGGUCGAAGCCGCACGGGUUCUGGCACUCUCUCGAGGGCUGGGUGCACCUGUCGAGCAAGGCUGCCUUCGGGUUCACAUACACGAGGGCCAUGGUAACCCUGGACACCUUCAAGAGGCUCCUCAGGGACAUUCCGAGCGACCAGGAGAACGUCGGCUGGCUCAGGCAGAUGCUCUUAUCGAGCGAGCAGAACAUGGAUCAGGUCAACAUGGACGAGGACGUGCAGGAACUGCCGGACGAUAUGGACGACAAGGUGGUGGCCACGUCUGAAAACUUGGGGGACGAGAUGACUCUCUGGUCCUGGGGGAUCGGCGGCGCCUGCGACCAUGUUCCUCAGGACGCGCCCUCGGCCGAGGUGCCCUCUGAGGACCUCGACCCGGCCCUUCUGUUUGAGAUGGCUAAGAACUUGAAGUUGAGCCUGUUCACGAUAAACUUGCACAAGCCAGUCCUCGGCUCCUUCGGCGACAUGGCCCGGUCGUUCUGCGUGAUAUGCCGUGACGCCAUCAGGUGCGAGUUCGACGUUAGGUUCGGCAAGUUUGUCUACGUGGACGCCAGCUCGUUCCAGCUUGACUUUAAGCUGCUCUCUCGGCUGUUUCCUGCGCCAGUGCCCCUCUCGUACCUGAUUUCGACGCACGGCCUGGAGGCGCUCAGCGCCACUGCGCUGCUCAAGAAGGUCUCUCCCAUCAGGCUCGUCGCGGCCGACCUCAGGUCAAAGAUGGCCCUGGCCAUCAACGACUGGGGCUUCAAGCACGUUCACGAGAUGCUGGACAUAGAUAGUGCAGUGCCUAAGAUGGAUGGUGUACGGUACUUAGAUAGAUUAUUCAGUGGUUGGCGGAACCCGUUCAAGCUUUCGGGCGCGGGCGCUCGCGGCCUUCUGUUCGCGCACUCGUCCUGCCUCAGGCUCCUCCUCAACUCUCAUCUGCGGCUGGCUAAGCUGAAGGCGGCCUCCGACGAGAGCGAGGUGCUCUGUCGGCUCCUCGGCGAGCUCGCUCUCGCCUAA